AAUUGGAAAGAGACGAAUACUACGAAAAUGCUGCUGCAAGCAGCAGCCAAGCUGCCGAUAUAACUGAAGUUUUCAACGAAAGAACUGAAGAAGGUGAUACUGGUACUGGUAGUGAUAAUGAAGUAGUCGAUUGA